AUGGAACCUGAUCCCAACAUCAUCGCCAUCUUCGGUCCACCUCCAGAUGAUCUCGAUAUUUCAGAAAGCAGCGUCGCUCGCAAUAAUGCCGCCGUCAUAAUACUAGCCGUGCUAGCCUCCGUGGCCGUGGUGCUCCGGCUGAUGGCGAGGUUUCUUCAAGGUCACAGCCUGAAGGCGGAUGAUUGGACAAUUCUUCUCUCACUGGCUCACGAUGUUAAUAACAUAUCAUCACAGCUCCUCGUAGGCGCCACCGUCGGCUUAAGCAUCGCAGGCGGGGCUUACGGUGCGGGAAAUCACGUCUGGUCAUUCACACCUCAAGACCUAACACAAGUCUUUAAAAUCCUCUACGCCUACACCUUCAUCUACGGCACAGCCUGCGCCGCCACCAAAAUCUCCAUCCUCCUCUUCUACCAACGCAUCUUCCUCCUCUCCACCGCCUCCUCCUCGUCCUUCAAAUUCUCCCUCAUCGCAGGGUACGUCCUCUCCAUAGCCUACCCCAUCAUCAUCUGGACCACCAUGGCCAACGCGUGUCGCCCCCUCUCGUUCUACUGGAACCAGUUUGUGGGUGAACAGGGGAGAUGCAUAGACAUCAAUAGCUUCUACCUCGCCCCCGCCAUCAUCAACAUGGUCAACGAUAUCAUUGUCCUCUUGAUUCCCAUCCCGCAGAUCUUAAAGCUGCAAAUGUCGGGCAGGAAAAAGGCCGCUGUUUGUAGCAUCAUGUUGCUUGGAAGUUUGACGGUCCAUACUAAUCCAAAACCCCCAUCCAGCGUCUGCGUAGCAAGUAUAGUCCGCAUAACCCACCUCUCAACCUUCUCCCGCGCUCUCGACAUAACCUGGCAAAUGGGCCCCGUCUUCAUCUGGUCCGCAAUCGAACCCUCGAUCGCAAUCGUGUCCGCCUGCCUCCCGCACCUCGCGCCCCUCCGUCGCCUCGUCCGCCACAAAAUCUCAUCUUCCCUGGGCCACUCCAGUGGUAAUGCCGGAGGUGGAGGGCCCUCAUCUAACAGCGCACCAUGGCGAUUGAAAUCGAAGCAGAGCGCCAGUGGAGGAAAGAACAGCAGCUCUCAAAAUGGUACGGGUGCCCUGUUCACGUACGGCGGGUCAAGGUUCAACUUUGGCGGGGGAGGGGGCGACGGCAAGUUGGGCGGGGAGUCGGAUGACGAGAUUGGACUAACAAAUCGAAUCACGGCUGGAUCUGGCAGGGUCAAGAAUCUGUCCACUGGGUCGGGGUCCGAGGAGAAUAUCAAUGGGGGGUCAAUUGUUGUUCAAUCAAGCUUCAUCCAGGAGAGCAUGAGGAAUCCGAGGUAG